GUACACGUUACCCUUGACACUUUCUGGACACUUCUCCCUCAAACUUUGCCAAGAUCAUCAUGAAAUGAACUCCAAGACGGUAUACACCAGGGAGACUAGUGUCAUUCAAGGAUGUUCUCCGGUCAUCUGCGCAGACUAGCACCGCGCACCCCCUCCCGACAAUGAGGUCCCUUCUCACCUCCCUGCUCCUCCUCACCAGGCAAGUCCAGCACUCGCUCACCUACACCCUGCUCUCCAACCAGUCGCUGCAGCAUCUCAUUCCACCGCCCCCUUUCUCGCCCUUCACCUACCCAGACCCCGACUUCGACCCCAUCCACAGCACCCUCCUCGCGCCGAUCCUCCAACCGCGCGUGCCAGGCACACCAGGCCAUGCCGCCGUCCAGCAUCACUUUACCUCCUUCAUCCGGAACCGCCUGCACCCAUCAUGGCAAGUAUUAUGGCACAACACCACGUCAACGACUCCAGCAACGGGCGACCGCCAGGUACCCUUCCAAAACCUCAUCCUACGGCGCGACCCGCCGUGGGCCAGCGACGCGGGAGAGGGCGAGGUGGCGCGCCUGACGCUCGCGGCUCACUACGACAGCCUGUACCGGCCCGAGGGGUUCGUGGGCGCCAUAGAUAGCGCCGUGCCCUGCGCGCUGCUGCUUUUUGUUGCGCAGGCGGUAGAUGAGGCGCUGACGAGGCGGUGGGAGGGGAUGGAGAGCGAUGGUGGUGGGCUGGAGGAGGAGAAGGGGGUGCAGAUUCUGUUGCUGGAUGGGGAGGAGGCCUGGGUGGAGUGGAGUGAGGUGGAUAGUCUGUACGGAUCAAGGGCACUUGCUGAGGCGUGGGAGGGCACGCGGUACGAGGCGGGAAGUAGCUUCUCUACACCGCUGGAGGCCAUCAGCCUGUUUGUUCUGCUGGACUUGCUUGGCGCGGCAGAGCCGAAUAUUCCGUCGUAUUUUCCCAGCACGCAUUGGGCAUAUCAGCAUGUGGCCAAGAUCGAGGGAAGACUGCGGAAGCUGGGCGUGCUUGAAACGAAACCGAGGAAGCCGUUCCUGCCGGAGAGCGACAAGGAAGGGGUGCAGUUCUUCAGAGGUUUUGUGCAGGACGAUCAUGUCCCGUUUAUGCAGAGGGGCGUUGACAUUCUGCACAUCAUACCCACGCCGUUCCCGGCGGUUUGGCAUACUAUGGACGACGAUGGGGAUCAUCUCGACGUGCCAACCAUCCGGGACUGGGCGAGGAUCAUGACUUCGUUUGUGGCCGAGUGGAUGGAUCUGGAGGGAUAUGUUCCCGAAGCAGACCCAAGGAGAGCAGAGAACAAGUACUCUGAGAAGCAGGAGCUCUAACGAAGGUACAGUGGGGUUCCAAAAGUCUGUUACCACCCCACCCACUUUACGCGUCUCCUCGACGCGUCCACUAUCAUCCUC